ACAGUAUAAACAUAUCUACAAUAUAAUAUAAAUAUAUGUGCAUAAUAUAAAUAUAUGUGCAAUAAGAAAAAAAUCACAUGUCACCUUGAGGUUGUUGCAUGUAUAAAUCAAGUAGUUUGUGAACUGGAUCUCAGUAGCUAGUUAAGCAUUUAAAUGUAUGGUUUACAAAUGCAAAAUACUAUGAAACGUUGACAUAUUAUUUUUGCUAUGGAAAUUGGGAUUAAGCAUAUCCUGAUUACGUUUUGCUUUAAACAAUAUAGGAAAAGUUGUAACUUUUUUAAGUUAUAUUGUGUACAAAAGAAUAUUUUCCUCCUCUCUUGUAGUUUUCUGCCUUUAAUCUUCCCUGAUCAUUGAGGUAAUCAGUUUUGUACCGGGAGGCCAGGCAUCAUCUUCCCAAGAACUACUUCAUUAGUGACCUCAGAUGAAAACAUGAUUGCAAUCAUGGGUGGCAUUUUCACUGCGUGGACGUCGCAUGGCCGGAGCACGAGCGGAACGGGGAGCGCGCUCCCCACUCCCACUACAAACACAGAGACACAUCACCAUCAGCUACCAUCCAUCCAUCUUCAACAGCUGGAGGAAGAGGGUGGGCUGCGUGGACGCGCCUCUCUCUUUUCCCUCUCUUUCUGCGCUGCUCCUAGGUGCGCGCUCCCGAGCCGGAGGCAGGCUUUCGGGGAGCUGUGAGAACAGACAAGCGGCUGCGGGGGAGAGAGAAAGAUGGAGGUGAGGGUCGGGGAGAGACUCCUGUGGCUGGCCGUGCUGUCCACUGUCCUCUGCGUGGAUUCGGUCUUCGGAAAAUACGUCAAAGGCAUCGUCAAUACCAAAGAGGACUGGGUUUUCCUCACACGUUUCUGCUUUCUAACAGAGUUUGGGCGGCUGGAUUUCCGAUUUCGCUACCCAAAGUCGCGCUGCUGUCAGAACAUUCUGCUCUACUUUGAUGACACCUCUCAGUGGCCAGCUGUGUACAAGAAGACAGAGAAGAACUGCUACGAGAAGGAAGCAGUGCUGAGACCUGAAAACAACCAGGUCAUCAAUCUCACCACACGCUACACCUGGUCAGGAUGUGUGGUGGAGGACGACGGCAUCGAGGAGGUUCUAAGUUGCGUGGGUGGUCGCAGUUUCCGCUCAGUGAGGGAGAGGUGGUGGUACAUCGCUCUCAGCAAGUGUGGGGGCGAUGGCUUGCAGCUGGAGUACGAGAUGAAGCUGACCAAUGGCCAGUCUUUCUGGACACAGCAUUUCUCUGCAGAUGAGUUUGGAAUCUUGGAGACUGACAUCACGUUCCUGGUCAUCUUCACAUUAGUGUUCCUCCUCUCCUGCUACUUUGCAUACAAUCUGAAGGGAAGACAGCUUCUUCACACAACCUACAAAAUGUUUAUGACGGCCGCAGGUGUGGAGGUGCUCAGCCUAAUGUUCCAUUGUGUCUACUGGGGCCUGUAUGCCAGGGAUGGAGUUGGCAACGGCAGCCUGAAGAUACUCGGGAAAUUACUGUUCUCCGUCAGUUUCUUGGUGUUCCUUCUGAUGCUCAUACUGUUGGGUAAAGGUUUCACUGUCACCAGGGCGAGGAUCAGCCACAGUGGCUCUGUUAAACUGAGCAUCUACAUGACAGUCUACACAAUCACCUACGUCAUCCUCUUCAUCUAUGAGGCGGAGUUCUUUGACCCAGGUGAGGUGCUUUACGCCUACGACAGCCCCGCAGGCUACGGCCUGAUGGGCCUGCAGCUGGUCGCGUACGUGUGGUUCUGCUACGCUGUGCUGGUCUCCCUGAAACAUUAUCCUGAGAAGCAGCCCUUCUUUGUCCCUUUCUUUACCACAUACACAUUAUGGUUUUUCGCUGUGCCUGUGAUGGCUCUGAUUGCCAACUUCGGGAUACCUCGAUGGGCUCGGGAAAAGAUUGUGAACGGGAUCCAACUCGGCAUCCACCUCUACGCUCACAUCGUCUUCCUUGUUAUCACAAGACCAUCAGCAGCUAACAAGAACUUCCCAUAUCAUGUUCGGACCUCUCAGAUCGGGAUCUUGCAGUCCAGUCCAAAAGGAGGUGAGGGAGGGGAGAGUUUUCCCCACCAUGCCUAUGGAAACAGCUCCUUCCUUGGAGAUUCUCAACCCAACUUCACUGAACUCUUCUCCAUCCAAUCAGAUCCAGUGAAAACUGUAGAAGAGACGGUAGCUCGUAAAGGACCCAAUGUGCCGAGGAACAGCGAACAAAAGAUCAUUACCACCGCUGCAGACUUAACCAUGAUAUUGCCCCCACCUCCACCUCCGAUACCCCCACGUCCUGCCUCACGCUCACCUCCGAUGCCCCCUCGGCUUCCAUCAUUCACAGAGUAUUUCAGCAUGCAGAGCGGUGGUGGAGGAGGCUUUGGAACGAAGGCAUGAAGUGAAUGGGAAAGAAAGACAGUGGCAGAAAGGAUGAAGGCUACAGAAAGAGGUGGUGCGAAUGACGGUGUCAAAAAGGUCAUCCAAAAUAACAGAGGAAUUGUAGAUGGAAGGACACACAUGAGAAGUCAUCACAAACGUAAAUCCCUGAAUGGUCCUUUUAACCUGCAAAUGGAAAUGACCUGUAUGGAAAAGUUAGGGGGAUGGCUCUGACGCAAAUGCUGAGGUUGUAAAAGAAUAAAGAAGCAAUAAAUAUUUGAUGUUGACCAGUUGAAGGCACACGGGGAGAAAGAUGACGAAGUGGAUGUAGCCAGAGCAAUAGAAUGAUAACUGUGCACAAUGUGGAAAUGAACAAAAUUCUUCAAAUACUUUUAUUGAAAAAUUCAUGGGGAUUUGAUGGUGUGUCUGGAAGUUUGUAAAUAGCUAAAAAUGUUGAGAACAACAACUCUGUAUAGUUUUAUUUCAACAGAGGAGAUUAAUUCAUGUAUUUUCCCUAAACAUGACAUUCCAGUUGGUGCCUCAACCACAGAAAUUUCAUGCUAUUACAUGUUUAAAAUUCAUAAAAAAUACUUUUUUAUGUUCUAGACAUUUUUGAUAAAACUUAGGUAUAUUUAUGGUAUAUGGAGUCUGUUGUUUAUUUAUAUUCUGACUAUAAGCUUUCAUUGGAACUGGUUUUUCUGGAUCGAUAUGCUGAUGUGUAACUGUAAAUUGUCAUAUUUAAUCUAGGCACCUCCAAGUACAAUACUCGUAAUACAUGCAUGUUUGUGUUGUAGUUCUGGUCCGAAAAGCAGAUGUAUGUACUCCAUAUGACCAUAGAAUAUUCACUUAUUGUGUGUAUUGAAACCCAUACUUCUAUAAAUACAUACAAUAGGCUGCAGUAUGCUUUUUUACUGCAAAUCUUCUGUUAAUUAUUUUUCAGAUUGAAACUGUCUUGUAUUUGUAACCCAAAAACAGAAGUAGGCAUGGGCUGGUUUGACAUUCUGAGACAUAAUAAGUGUGGGCAAAAAUACCACAGUUCCACAUCAGAUUGCAGAACAAAAACAAGCAUUUAAUAUAGAUGCAGCUAUCAGAGAUUUGUGGCUGGUCUUUGUAAACCUCUGACCUGCUAAUAGCACCUUUUAGUAGAUUCUAAAUUUUCCUGAAGAUCUUUAACAGUAUAAAAUAUUUGUUGGACCAGUUUGUUCCAUGAUCAGUCAUUGUUUAUGAUAAGAGUGGAGGUGACUUCACACUGUGUGUGGGGGAGAGAUUAUGCUGGAAAACAGGGUUUUACUCUUUUUUUUUUUUUUUUUAAACAAAAGACAAAAUGAUUUCACAGCUGAUAUUUCAAACUGUCUUCGGCAACAUCUAAUAAUAUUUAGCAUGGUUAGCAUUAGUAACUGUAAACAUUAGUCCAUGUUUGUAUUCUAUAUAGUGCUCUGGUUUGUAUCUUUGCUAAUUCAUAGCCUGGUACUGUUAUUUUGCCCCAUAUCUACUUCUGUUUCAUAGCCGCACACCUAACCGUUGUGUAUCAGAUUAUUUUCUUUUGGUAAAUGAAUAGUUUUGAUAAAUUGUGGACAUCAAUGAUUAGAAAAAGAGAAGAAAUAACCAGUGCCCAAACUUCCACACUGGAGAGUGUUGUUAUUAAUGCAACUGAUAACAUUUUUUACUUUCUCACAGGCUGCUCACCAGGACAAUCUGGUCAAUCUAAAAAAUGUUUGUGUCUGCUCAUUAACUGAUUUAUCUGUUCAUACAUAUUUAAGAACAUAUAAAAUAUAACACCCUAACACGAUAUUAUUCUAGCUCUAAAGGCAUAUUUAUUUUCUGUUCUACAUUGUUUUUUAUUUAUUUAUUCAUAAUCUCCUAUUAGCCAUGAUACACAGCUGACUGACAUUUCUCAGCCAAUACACUUCUACACUGUCUUUGGUUUGUCAUUAAGAGCAGUUUAAACCACACAAAUAUCAGUUCGACAAUAUUUUAAUGGUUUUAAAAAUGUGACUUUUUCGAACAAUAAAACUAGAUACCUGCCCAUGCCUAAUAAAAUCAAAAUCAUACAGUACUGUUUUUAGUUUAUUAUUUCACUGGAGUGCAGACUAUCCCUGUUAAACUGUCAUAUCUGUGUUAGUGGAUGUUGGUGAAUGUACAGAUGCAAUACAGCACCAGGACAGCGGUGAUGCUAAAGUUGUCCAGUGCUUCAGAUUUAUCAGAUUCAUUUUUCUGUAAAGCCUUCCAUGAUUUUAUAAACAAGUGUCUUUGUGCUUUGGUAAUUAGAUUUUCUAAUUCUAAUCAAAAAUCCGUUAUGACUAACAAAAAACUAGUGAGUUAUUUGAUUUUAAUGGUAAAGUCGAAUAUAAAAUUGAAAUACAAGCCGUUUUUUCUUUUGUGAUAAAAAUGGAUGAGUGGAAGUUUAAAUUUGUUUUGAUUUAAUUUUUCUUUUUUCAUAUUUAAACCUUAAAAUAUGCUAAAUUGACCAGUGUUUUGAUGAUCCUAGUCAGCCACCAGUUCUGCGACCAUUGUAUGUUGUGAUACUAGGUGGCGCUGUGUCCUGUUUUCUUUAACUUCUGAAACAUCACUUUCUAAAAACUUCAGUGUGAUUUCUGCUGAUUCGUUUUUUACCACAAUUUUUUUUUUUUCUUCCAUUUUAUAUGUUGUAGUUUAAAACCAAAAUCAAAUAACCACUUGUUUUUUGUUGCUGUUGUUUCGCCAUUACUGGUUUUAAACCUAAUUACCAAAACAAGCAUAGACCCAAGAGGCUCUCUCUCUCUUAUUUAUUUUACAAAAAUAACCCCUGACCCCUGUCUUGUAUCUGAACCAUAAAUCAAUUUAUUUGUUGGUCUUUUACACCUUAAUGUUUAAACUGUGCAAAAAAAACUGAACAAACAUUCAGUUAUAAUAUUCAAUAUGCUGCCCUUAUAUCGGGAAUAAAAAGAAGUGUAGAGGAGCUGUGAAAGCAGCAACAUAACUACAUUUUGUCUGCCCUGCAUGGAGCACUUUAAUGUUCCUGGUCUUGUUCUGUUUAUUUGUGUGCAUCCAUCCUAUAGGACUGCUUUAAAAACCUGUAUUUACACUUCAUGGAGUAUUAUCCCAGAUGCGUACACCUGUAAAUACGGACUGAAACCGUCAUUGUGACAUUUUAGGGAAUAAUUCAUGCUUUGUUUGCAACAAAGUCAAUGGUUUUAUCUUGAAUUAGAGAUUCUGGGGUGCUCAGCUUCGAGCCCCCAGAUUUAUCAGUGGCAAACUUGUUGUCAUGGAGUACCGAUGUUAGGACUGUAAUGUGUAAAAUGUAGGAGUCUUUUCAGAAGUGUAACUUUGUGAAACUGACUGGUACUUGAAUUAGAGUACUAAUUGUUGCUUCUGAGUAUGUGUCUGGUCUGUAUUUGGCAUGUCUGCCUCUUUGUCCGAUGUUGCCAUGACUUGACUGUAUAGACACGGAGAGACCGAGGCAGGCUUACUGAUAUUGUAACACUGCUUUAGCCACGUUUAUGCCCUCGUUGAAAUGACAUAAGGUUUUGUGGAGACACAACUUGAAGAAAGAAUUUGUGUGCAUGACAGAGAACAGCACAGCUUUUAGGCUACUCAGAGCGAUCUGGUUAAGAGCACAUCACUAAAGCACCAUUCAAAUGCAUUUUAUUGGUGUCAAAUAAUAUUAACUAUAAAAAUGCUGUACAUAUACACUUUUUGCCAAAAUAACUAAUAAAAAUAUGGUUUUAUUUAAA